AUGGAUCUGCCUGUGGAUGAGUGGAAAUCGUAUGUACUCAGGAAGUGGUCUUUGCUUCCAGCGUCCAUUCAGGUCACAAUUUCUUCUGCAGGAACUUUGAAUGAUGUAUUUCUUCACUGCUGUUUGCUUCUUCAACCUGAAGAUGAGAUGUUUUUAAAAAGACUUUCUAGUGGUUAUAUGGUGGCAAAGGACCCCACGGCUUCCCUUUUCUACAAAGAAGAAGGUAACAGAAAAUUUCAGGAGAAGGAUUAUAUGGGAGCAGCAGUGAUGUACUCUAAGGGAGUAUCGCAUUCACUGCCUGCCACUGAGCACAUCUCACUGUGCUAUGCCAAUCGUUCCGCAGCCUUCUUCCACCUGGGUCAGUAUGAAACAUGUCUUAAAGACAUCACCAGAGCACAGAGGCAUGGGUAUCCAGAAAGAUUGCAACCCAAGAUGUUGUUGCGUAAGGCGGAGUGUCUUGUGAGCCUGGGGCAGCUACAGGAAGCAAGCCAGACCCUCAGUGAUCUUGAAAGGAUCUUCACUGCCAAACCUACACUGGCAGCUUCCCACUUUCAGGUUAUGCAGAGAAACCUGCAUCAUCUGAAAAUAAAGGUACAAGGAAAGGAGACUGUUGCAGAAACCUUCCCAGCAGAUCUAACCAAAGCUUUUAAGGAUGUGGACCUAAUGGAAGAGAAUGAACAAAUUCCUGGUGCAUCAUCAUCUGUCAGCUUACGUACAGACCCUCUCAAAGGCCGCUAUUUGAUUGCCACAAAAGAUAUUCACCCAGGAGAGCUCCUGGUGAAGGAGGAGGCCUUUGUGAGUGUCCUUAACCCAGGAGAAAUGCUACAACUGCACCAUGGCCUAGAGAGCAAGUGGGACAUCAGAGUUACCAAUGGGGACCUCCACUGCCACCGAUGUUUGAAGUACUCUCUAGCUCUGGUUCCCUGUGAGCAGUGCAGCUACGCCAAGUAUUGCAGCCAAGAAUGUAUGCAGCAGGCUUGGGAGCUUUACCAUAGUGUAGAGUGUCCCCAAGGGGGGCUACUUCUCACACUUGGGGUCUUUUGCCAUGUUGCUCUGAGAUCAACUCUUUUAGCUAGGUUUGAAGAUGUUGGUAAAGUCAUAAGGAAGCUUUGUGGUGAGAUUAGUAACAAAGACAUCUGUUGGCCUGAAAUCGAGAAUAAGUUCAGUGAUGACCUGGGGAAGAAUGAGGAAGAUGGAAAAAUAGUUGAGACCCCAAUUCCUGGAUUUGAUAUUAAUGGAAAAUAUGAAAUUAAUUACAAUGCUGUCUUCAACCUUUUGCCCCAUACUGAAAACCAUAGCUCAGAGCACAAAUUCCUCUGUGGUCUAAGUGUUGCUGCACUGUGCAAGCAGCUAGAGACAGCCAGAUCAUGGGCCCUCAUACAAAAUCUGAAGUUCUCGAAGCCGAAAGCAGCAGUGACUCCUGGGUUGUCUCCAGAGUUGAGUAUUUGGGGAGUGGCGAUGCUGAGACACAUGUUACAGUUGCAGUGUAAUGCCCAGGCAGUAACCACCAUCCAACAGACAGGAUCUAAAGAGAGCAUCAUUACCAACAGCAGACAGGUACGCAUUGCCACAGGCAUCUUCCCUGUUAUCAGCCUCUUGAACCAUUCCUGCAGCCCCAACACCAGUGUGUCCUUCAUUAACAAUGUUGCCUCCAUUCGGGCGUCACAGCAGAUUGGAAAAGGGCAAGAGAUUCUCCACUGCUAUGGGCCUCACAAGAGCCGGAUGGAUGUCACUGAAAGGCAACAGAAGCUGAGGUCUCAGUAUUUCUUUGAGUGUAACUGCCCGGCUUGUCAAAGUGAGGAGUGUAGACCUGCUGCCCGGCCCAGGUGGGAAGCAUUCUGUUGUAACAGUUGCAGAGCUGUCUUGCAGGGAGAUGAUGUGCUGAGCUGUGGCACCAGAUCUUGUACGGAAUUGGUCAGCAGGGAACACUUAGCCUCUCGGCUACAGGACCUUCAGCAGCAGGUUGGGAUGGCCCAAAAGCUUCUCAGAAAUGGUGAAUUAGAACAAGCCAUUCAGCGGUUGUUGGGAUGCCAGCAUGAUGCGGAGAGCUUCCUGUCAGCAGAACACACUGUGGUAGGAGAAGUCCAGGAUGUCCUGGCCCAGGCCUAUGCUGCCUUAGGGGACUGGCAGAAGUCAGCUACCCACCUACAGAAGAGUCUGCGAGUGGUUGAGGUUCGCCAUGGUACAUCCAGUAUUGAAAUGGGCCGUGAGCUCUUCAAACUGGCCCAAAUCUUUUUCAAUGGGUUUGCAGUAUCUGAAGCUCUGAACACAAUACAAAAGGCAGAACAGGUUCUGUCGGUUCACUGUGGCCCCUGGAGUGAUGAGAUUCAGGAGCUACAAAAGAUGAAAUCCUAUUUAUUGGACUUGCCUCCUAUCCCCAUGGGUCCCUGA